AAGCAACUCGUUGUUAAUAGAAAAUCCCACAGUACGGCAGGAACCUGAAUGCAACAAGCCAGUAUCUGACACAGAAGUUUCAAAUGACACACGAUGAGGAGCGGCGCACAGGAAACAUGGCUGUGUGAAGACAUUUAAAAUCGAAAUUUGAAAAUUAGCUGAAGCACGCCACAGUAGGACAUACUGACUGACGCUCUGGAUAAACGAGGUCCCUCUGAACACCAACUGCUCUGCUUCCCCCGGUACUCGGCGCUAAGUUUCGGGGACAGAAUGGCUGGAACCGGUCUGUAGUGUGGAAAGACAACCUCUCUGCUCCACUCCCUCCUCAGUCAUGGGGACGCGCUGGUCUCGGAGCGGCAGCAGCCUGCCGCUUCUCCCGGAGACAAAGCCAGAGGGCCGGCUAGAAAGACACAGAGAGCCCGACAACGACUCUCUGGACGGGCUGGACAGGCGAGAGGAUAUCGCCAAGUUUCCGUACGUGGAGUUCACCGGCAGGGACAGCAUAACCUGCCCGACAUGUCAGGGCACCGGGAGAAUCCCUUCAGAACAAGUGAACGAGCUGGUAGCGCUGAUCCCCUACAGCGACCAAAGGCUGCAGCCACAAAGGACGAAGCUGUACGUUGUCCUGUCGGUGGUGGUCUGCCUCCUGGCCUCCAUGCUGGUCGCCUUCUUCCUCUUCCCUCGCUCGGUGGUGGUGGUGGACGCCGGGAUCCGCUCAGUGACUGUACACUUCGAUCACACCGACAAGAAAGUCCUGAUGAACAUGACGAGCACGCUGAACUUCAGCAACCCAAACUUCUUCACUGUGCUGGUGCAGAGCGUGAGCUGCCAGAUCCUCUACAUGAAGACGGUGGUGGGAACCCGGCAGCUGGACAACCCCACCACCAUCCAGCCGCUCAGCCACAGCCAGGUGAACUACACGGUCAGUGUGGAGAUCGGCAGCAAUGCACCUUAUGUCUAUGCCUUCUGCACAAUACCCAGAAUCAAGGUCCACAACAUUGUCAUAUUUAUGCAGACCUCGGUGAAAACGUCGUACAUGGUGCGAACGUCCCAGAACAGCCUGGAGGAUUACCACUACAUAGACUGUGGCUCCAACACCACCCACCCCCGGACUCACCAGUAGCACAACCACGCCCCCUUCAGGAAGGAAGCAACAAGAUAGAUUUUUUUGGAUUAGAAAUCCGCUACACACACAAAAUAAAAAAAAAACAACCUUCAAACGAAAUGUUUUGGUUGCUGAGCGUUGCCAAGUUGAACUUUAAUUUUUGAUGAAGUGAGUUUGAUUUUUUGGCCUUUUUUCAGGAAUAUUUAUUUUUCUCUUUCUCCAUUUUCACAUAAAUAUCUAGAAGUGCAGGAAGGGGAUUUGUUUGUCCACAGACAAGGUGGUUCACAUGUUGCUGACAAUGGAGUGAAUAACUCGCUGAUUCACUACCAGACAGCGUUCUCUAUUAAAAGUCACACAAAGCUCUUUAUCUUGUGGGGAAAAUGGCCGACGUUCUCAGACAAAAACUUGAACUGUUUCUGCUAAUAUGAACUUCUGCCACUUCACAUCGUUCUCACUGAAUCCUGCUGACUUCUCUUUUCAGGAAGGAAAUACAAAAAAAAGAAAAAGGGGUAAUUGUUGUUUCUGCUUUCGGUACCAUGCAGUAAUGCUGUUUUUGCAAUUUUGUUGUUCUUGCAUUUAAAUGUGUUUAAAAGGCAUAGAAAUGCUUACUGGAUGGUUUUGUUUUUUAAUUAUUACUUUGAUCUCAGUAAGUCUUUGCACCCCAAUUUUAUUGACUCAAAGAUGAUUUUCACAUCAAAUGUAAAAGUAUCAGACCUCUUUUGUUUUUAAAGGGGCAUUUGUCUAUUUCUAAAUUUUGGGAAAUUUAUUAAGGGACAAAAUAUCCACUUUGGGUUACAAUGUAAAAAGAUUGAAGGGGAUUGUGAAUAAAUAAGAUAAAUAAUUGUCUUUAA